ACCCCUUAAUAUCAACCCAAAUAAAUUUGACGGACCCGUUGAUAUUAUAAACUUUUAAAACGGGCGGACACUCAAGAAUUGCCCGCCGUCCACCCUCUUGCCCUAGCUCUUUUUUCUCUCUCCUCAAUAUUUGUUGAAGAAAAUGGGGCUCUCAUUCACGAAGCUUUUCAGUCGCCUUUUCGCGAAGAAAGAAAUGAGAAUUUUAAUGGUAGGUCUCGAUGCGGCUGGUAAGACCACCAUUUUGUAUAAGCUUAAGCUUGGAGAGAUUGUUACCACCAUUCCUACCAUCGGUUUCAAUGUUGAGACCGUGGAAUACAAGAACAUCAGCUUUACUGUGUGGGAUGUUGGAGGUCAAGACAAGAUCCGACCUCUAUGGAGACAUUACUUCCAAAACACCCAAGGUCUCAUCUUUGUGGUGGAUAGCAAUGAUCGUGAUCGUGCUGUUGAGGCAAGGGAUGAGCUGCACAGGAUGUUGAAUGAGGAUGAGUUGAGAGAUGCUGUCCUCCUGGUAUUUGCUAACAAGCAAGAUCUUCCAAAUGCUAUGACUGCUGCGGAGAUUACUGAUAAGCUUGGUCUCAACUCCCUUCGUCAGCGUCAUUGGUAUAUCCAGAGCACGUGCGCCACUUCUGGUGAAGGUCUCUACGAAGGACUGGACUGGCUGUCCAACAACAUUGCUAGCAAGGCUUAGAUGGCAGGAUAUGCCCGGCUGAGCGUAGGAUGAGAAUAUGUGUGGAUUUUGCAGCACCUGUUCAAGUGGGAGAUGAUAUUGAGCGUUUGGCAUGUGUUUUUCUUUGUUGUGUUAAAAAUCACAAGAGUUAUUGUGUUAAUGUGAUUAUGUUUAUGAAGGUUUUGUUAUGAUCAUAGAAAUUGUUAUAUCAAUACUUUUGUAGAUUCAGAAUAACUAAAAUGUAUCUCAGGAAAAGAGUUUGUUUCAUGUUGAUAUAUAUACUGUGACGGUGAUAUUCUUUUGGAGCAAAA